GCCAGCCAGCCGCACUCGCUGCUGCUAGCAAAGCAAAAAGUCGGAAUCCGGAAUCAGAGUAAAAAUCCAGAGCCAGGCGCCAGCAAACACACCAGAGUCCGCACAGGAGAGUCCUAGCCAAAAUAAAAAAAAAGCGAAAAAGCGAAAAAGCAGGGAGAGAAGGCGAAGAGUGUUCUAGCCAGGGAAGGGAGCAGGCCUAAAUGCCAGCGGCGGUAAUCAAUCAAUUAGGCCCCAGUUGCCACCUCCACCUCCAGCUCCAGCUCCAGCUCCACCUCGAACUCGAACUCGAACUCCAGCCCAGGCUGGAGCAACAACAAACGAAAGUGCACAGACACCAGUGAGCGAGACAGCGCCAGCGACAGAGACAGAGCACUGGCAGACAGGGAGAGAGAUAGAGUGCCACAGCAGUUAAAAAUCAAUAUCCGUCUAAAGUUUAUUUCGGUUUCGGACAACUCUGAAACUUUAAGUUGCCAACAAAAUCCAAAAAUCCAAAAAUACAAAAUACAAAAAUACGAAAAACCAAAAACCAAACAUAUAUAAUCGAUUUAAAUUUAGAAUUCGCUUAUUGCCAGUCGCGUCCGCUUUGUGCUAUAAAUUUACCAAAAAUAUUAACUAACAGUGUUUUAGGACUAAGCAGAUCAAGUGUCCAUUUUGUGCUAAAGACAUAAGACAAAACCGUUCCAUCCAACGACAGGUGUUGAGUGCGACGCCAGUACACUGCGAGAAACCAAGAUCCGAUGAUUGAUGGCACGUAAGUGAACAGUGAACAGUGAACAGUCGCCCAGCAAACGCAGGAAAGCCAGAAAGCCUGAAAGCCAGAAAGCAGAUACCAGAACACUGAGAGACGAGCCGCGUCGAACCGAGUUUUCACGUUAAACGCUAAAAAGCAAACCGCAAGUUAUCGAUAAACAAAACCAAAGAAAAGUCAAGCAAUUGCUACCAGUACAGCUAGUCCAAUCUUCACUAUAUACAUAUACGCGUAUAUACUAUAUAUUAUUACUAAACUACUUACGAGACACGCCAAUUGCCGCAAACUUACUCUCCAAGCCGAAAAACCAAAGAGAUUUCAAUUAACCUAAGAUACAGAUACAGAUACAGAUACAGAUACAGAUACAGAUACAGAUACAGAUACAGAUACAGAUACAGAUACAGAUACAGAUACAGAUACAAGAUACAAGUUACCAAACACAGCUUCAAAGUGUGCACAACAACAAACAGCAAACAAAACCAAAGAAAGACACCAAAACCAAAACUAAAACCAAAAAACAAGUUAUAGUUAUUAUUAAACAAAAACCGAAAACCGAAAACCGAAAACCGAAAAUCGAAAACCAAAAAGCUAAGGCCCAGUUUCAAAUAAACGUCUAAGGUCACGGCCAGCAAACAACACGACAAGUGCAGCAAACACCCAACACAAACACAGGACAGAGACAGAUCCCGAAAGCAAACAGAGAAGCGCCCAGGCCAGGAAGUCACCUCUGGUCCGGCCGCCUUCCCCGUUCAGUGCGCCGUUUCGCAGCAGUUCUCCGAGUGCGAAGGGAGACAGAACCCCAGUCGCGAGUGAACCCCAAUCAUCCGGUGAACGCCUGCCGAGCAUCCCGCUUUUUUUUCGAGUGUAGAAACGAUUUUUUUUCCGCCUGUGUGAACGCAAAGCUAUCGCCACGCAACCUCCAACUGUGAUGGGAGAUCAGCCAAAAGCCACGACUACGGGAGCAGACGCGGGCACAGGGGCAUCGGGAUCUGGAGCCGGAUCUGGGGCAGCCGUAAUGGCCGCCACCCACGAGAGCCUGCCCGCCGCCGCCGCCGCCGCCGCCGCCGCCGGCAAUGGCAGUGGAAACGGCAACGGCAAUGGUGGACCUGGAAUCGGAGAAGCCGGCAACGGCAAUGGGAAUGGAAGCACUCCGAACCCGAACCAGGAUCAGGAGCCCGGCCAGGUGGAGCAGGAGGGCGGCGGAGAGGCCGGCGAUGAUGCCGCCACCGAUGCCGGGGCCAGUUCCUUGCCCCCGUCGGAGAUUGGUGGGCGGGCGCCCCUGGACACCGGCUGCUCGGACGCCGACGGCGGCGCAGCCUCCAGCUUGGCCGGCGGCAUUGUGGGUCCGCCCAGCCCCCUGACCGGCUGCUACCUGCUGAUCGUUCUGGGCGAGCCGCACUCCGAGGAGCACAAGGACAACAUCUUGCAGCACCUGCUCAAGGGUUUCCUCUCCUGGGACGUCUCCGACUGCCACGUCGACUUGGAGGAGGAGCUCAACACAAUUACACAGCAUGCGCCCGAGGGCGAGGAGGCGCGUCAUGGCGAACGACUCAUACAGUAUGCCAGCGAGAACCUGGUCACGGAGGUGCUCAUCCAUCCGCAGUACAACACCCUCAUCCAGUGCAUGCGCAACCUCUUGAGCAGCUUCACCCGCCACCGGCACAUCAUCCACGCUGGCUACACCUUCAGCGGCAACGGUUCCUGGAUCCUGCAGGACGGAACCUUCUCGGUGGCCGAUUUCUCGGAGGCCUUCCAGGAGCACGACGUACAAAGGGUGAUCCGGGCCUACUCGGACACCAUCACCAUGAACAUCCACUGCGCGGACGCGGGUCUCUGGCACACGCUGCCGGAGAAGCCGUUCGCCCGCCAGUGCCGUAUCCGGAUCAACCCGGUGGAUGUCCUGGACACGAGCAGCGAGAGCAUCAACGGGUUCAUAGACUACCUGGCGCCAAUGGUGAUGCCCACGUCGCUGAGGGAGCUGCUGGAGACCUCGGACGUGGUCGGCAACAUCCGGUUCACGCAUCCCACUCUCUACGUCUUUCCCGGCGGACAGGGCGAUGCGGCUCUGUUCGGCAUCAACGGAUUCAACAUGCUGGUGGACGGCGGCUUCAACCGGAAGGCCUGCUUCUGGGACUUUGCCCGCCAUCUGGACCGCCUGGACGCCGUGCUGAUGACCCGGCUGAAUAACAGCAACAUCCAGGGCCUGGGAGCCGUAGUGGCCCGGAAGAGGGACUCGCACGUCUAUCCCCAGAUUGGACACUUCUUCGGAAACGUACCUGACCGCCGGGGCCUGCCCAGUCCGGACGGGGACAAGGACAAGGACCCGCUGUUGAUCGAUCUCUUCGAGCGCGGCCACGGGAUCGUCAAUGACCUCAAGUCGCUCGACCUGAAGCCGCAGGCCUGCUAUCGGAACCAGGAGCCGGUGAAUCUGUACCACAAGGUGGGCCACGGCACCCUCGACAUGUAUGUGAUAAGCCCGGCUCGCGACUCCAAGGAGGUUAAGGAGUUCCUCCAGAAGUGGCACGGCGGCGACCAGCGGCUCUUCGCGAGUCGCGAGUCCAAGGAGUUCAACUUCCCGCUCCAGAACCUGGUCUCCAUUUGCGCCCUGCUGGUCUGGCAGCCCGCCAACCCGGACGACACCAUCACGCGCAUCCUCUUCCCAGGCAGCACCCCCGACUUCAAGAUCCAGGAGGGCCUGGAGAAGCUGAAGCACCUGGAGUUCAUGAAGCACUCCACCUGCACGGCCAAGUCGAUCGCCCCGGCCAUUCAGACGGUGGCCGCGGCCACCCGGAAGAGUCUCAAGUCCGCCAUCGAGGCCACCCCGGCCCCGCCCAGCGCCAGCCACCACAAGGUGUCCAAGUUCGGCCCCAUCGCCAGUGCUGCGGUGGCGGUGCAGCAUCCCCAUCCCCAACAGCAGCAGGAUAACAAAGCCAAGGAGGCAGCAGCCGCAGCAGCGGCGGCAGCAGCAGCAGCGGCGACCGCCUCGCGCGCCAAAGCCGACUCCAUGGACACCGAUGCCGAGCAGGAGGCAGAACCGGAAGCAGAGCCCGAAGCUGAAGCGGAGGCAGAGCCGGCCGCCGACACCGGAGACGAGGCUGUGGCCGCAGAGCAGCCGGAGCCGGAGGGAGCCGAGACCGAGCCGGAGCCGGAGGUGGAGGCGAAGCCGUUGGACAACAAGGACGCCGUCGCCGCCGCGGAGGAGAAGAAGGUGGUGCUGCCACCGGCCACCGCCAAGGAGGUCAAGGCAGAUGCUGUGGAUGCUGCCACUCCGGCAGACAUUGCCACGCCCACCAGCAAGACCGCCAAGACCCUGUCGGCCAGCAAAGGCAAGGAGAAGCCGGACAAGCCGCGGGCUGAGGUGAAGCCCGUGGUGCGCUCCCGGAUCGACACGAAGCCGCCCAAGUCCAUGGACCGCAAGCUGGUGAAGCGGGCGGAGGACAAGAAGAGCUCGCCCACGGCCACGCCCGCCGUCCGAGCUGCCGCCGCCCAGAAGCCCAAGGUGCCGCUAACUCGGCCCAUAACGAAGUCGAGUCCCAGCAGCACGCCCGCCAAGAGCGCCAAGGAGGCCAACAACCGCAAGGUCCUGGAGUCCAAGCAGCAGGCGGCCCGCAGCCAGGUGACCACCAGCUCCACCAGGACCAGACUGGUGAAAACCCAGCAGCAGCAGCAGGCAGAGAGCAAGACCUCGACCGGAGUGCAGCAGCGGAAGCCCAUUUCCCGGAGACCGCGCGGCGUGUCGCCCUCCAAGCGAGCUCCGGCUCCGGGAAGCCCCGUGAAGCAGGCCAAGCCGAAGGUGGCGGAGCUGAAAAAGGCGCGCCUGGACAAGGGAGGCACCACCGACUCCAGUUUGGUGUCCACGCCCUCCGCCGACGAGGCGACAGCCGCCAAGAAGCUGCAGGAGCUAACUGCUUCGCAGGAACUGGACGCGGAGGAGAAGCAGCGCGAACUGGACGACCUCAAGGAGGAGCAGGAGGUGGUGCGUGAGAUCGAGGCAGUGUUCAGCCGGGACGAGAUGAAGCGCCAGCAGCAUCAGCAGAUCAAGGCGGAGCUGCGGGAAAUGCCCAAGGGGCAGGGCGAGGGCGGCGAGGAGGAGCCCGAUGAGGACGAGGAGUACCUGAUCAUUGAGAAGGAGGAGGUGGAGCAAUACACCGAGGACUCCAUCGUGGACCAGGAGAGCAGCAUGACCAAGGAGGAGGAGAUCCAGAAGCACCAGCGCGACUCCCAGGAGUCCGAGAAGAAGCGCAAGAAGAGCGCUGAGGAGGAGAUCGAGGCGGCCAUCGCCAAGGCGGAGGCCGUCGAGCGCCAGGAGCAGCUCUCCAAGGAGGAGCACAAGCCGGACCAGGGCGAGCAGCCGCUGGAGGAGAAGGAGAUCCAGGCCGAGGUACAGGAGAUCAUUGCUACGGCCAAGGUGGUGGCCAAGUCGCGCACGGACGAGCAGCUGGCCAAGCGCGGUCAGGACGACCUGGAGUACUCCUCGCCCACGCCCGAGGAAAAGCUAAGCAAGAAGACCUCAGAUACGAAGGACGAGCCCGUGGAGGUGCCCGCGGACCUGCCCGUGAACCUCCAGGAGAGCCUGCCGGAGGAGAAGUUCUCCGCCACGAUCGAGUCCGGAGCCACGACGGCGCCCACGCUGCCCGAAGACGAACGCAUUCCUCUAGACCAGAUCAAGGAGGACCUCGUGAUCGAAGAGAAGUACGUCAAGGAGGAGACCAAGGAAAUAGAAGCCGUGAUUGUUUCCACCUUGCAGACCGCAGUGCCCGAGACGGCCCCGGCUGCCAUCGAUGCUAUCCUGGGCCUCGUCACCAAAGAGGCGCCUCAGGCAGCCGCCCAGGUGGAGGUCACAGGGGAGCAGGCCGACUCCGCCGGAGAGCGGAUAAUGCCCAUGAAGAUGACCUUCGAGGCGCAGCAGAACCUCCUGCGGGACGUCAUCAAAACCCCCGACGAGGUGGCCGAUUUGCCCGUGCACGAGGAGGCCGAUCUGGGACUGUACGAAAAGGACGAUAAGGAUGCGGGGGCCAAGAGCAUCUCGCACAAGGAGGAGUCUGCGAAGGAGGAGAAGGAAUCCGCUGAUGGGGACAAGGAGAACAAGGAAGCGGAAGCUGCAGCCGCUACCGCAGCAGAAGCGGAGAAGAAGUCCAAGGAGGCUUCACCCAAGGAGGCUUCUCCCAAGGAGACUUCUCCCAAGGAUGCUUCUCCCAAGGAUGAGCAACCAAAGGAUACUCCUGCAGCUGCCGUGGAGAAGAAACAGGAGGCAGAGCUAGAGCAAAAGAGUCCGGAGAAGGAGCAGGAGACGGAGCUGGAGGAACAGGAGCCAGAGACACAGCCGGAGGCUGCUAUUAUAACCGAGAAGGAGGCCAAGAAAUCAGCCAGUACUCCCGAGGAAAAGGAGACCAGCGACAUUACGUCGGAGGAUGAACUUCCAGCCCAGCUAGCGGAGCCCUCCUCCGUUCCGCCGAAGCCCACAAAGGACCGCGAGGACACCAUCUCCAUGGAGAGCCCUGCCACCAUCGAGGAAGCCAUCGAAGUGGAGGUCCAGAGCAAGCAGGAGGCUGUGAAGGAGCCCUCUCGUCCCGUGUCCGCGGUGGGAAGUACCAAGGACGAAACUGAGCAGCCGGAAGCCGAUAAAUCCAAAGAACCAUCUCGCCGUGAAUCCCUGGCAGAGAGCCUCAAGCCUGAGAGUGUGAAGGACGAGAAGUCGGCAGUAGCUUCCAAGGAGCCUUCCCGCCCAGAAUCGGUAGCAGAAAGUGUGAAAGACGAAGCAGAAAAGUCCAAGGAGCCUUCCCGACGUGAGUCCGUGGCGGAGAGCAUCAAGCCAGACAGUGUCAAGGAUGAGAAGUCCCCUCUGGCUUCCAAGGAACCUUCGCGCCCUGGAUCCGUAGUGGAAAGUGUCAAGGAAGAAGCGGAGAAAUCUAAAGACCCAUCUCGACGAGAAUCUGUGGCGGAGAGCAUCAAGCCGGAGAGUGUCAAGGAUGAGAAGUCCCCUCUGGCUUCCAAGGAACCUUCCCGGCCAGGAUCCGUAGUGGAAAGUGCCAAGGACGACGCAGAAAAGUCCAAGGAACCGUCGCGACGAGAAUCCGUAGCAGAGAGCGUUAAGCCGGAAAGUUUGAAGGACGAGAAGUCAGCAGUGGCUUCCAAGGAGCCUUCCCGCCCAGAAUCUGUAGCUGCGAGCGUCAAGGACGAAGCAGAAGCGUCCAAGGAGCCUUCCCGUCGCGAAUCUGUGGCGGAGAGCAUCAAACCUGAGAGUGUGAAGGAUGAGAAGUCCCCUCUGGCUUCCAAGGAACCUUCCCGGCCAGGAUCCGUAGUUGAAAGUGUCAAGGACGAAGCGGAGAAGUCCAAAGAGCCAUCUCGACGAGAAUCUGUGACGGAGAGCCCCAAGCCGGAGAGUGUGAAGGAUGAGAAAUCCCCUCUGGCCUCCAAGGAGCCUUCCCGGCCAGGAUCGGUGGUGGAAAGUGUCAAGGACGACGACGAAAAGUCCAAGGAACCGUCGAGACGUGAAUCCGUUGCGGAAAGCAUCAAGCCAGAAAGCGUAAAGGACGAAAAAUCCCCGUUGGCGUCCAAGGAGCCUUCCCGCCCCGGAUCCGUAGUGGAAAGCGUCAAGGACGAAGGUGAGCAGCCGGAGAGCCGUAAGGAAUCCAUCGCCGAGAGUACCAAGCCAGACGAGAAAUCGCCACCAGCUUCCAAGGAAGCGUCUCGACCGGAGUCGGUGGCUGAGAAGUCCAAGGACCCAUCCCGACGCGAAUCAGUCGCCGAAAUCAUCAAGGACGCUGCCAAGGAUGAGGAAAAGUCGCCCCUGGCUUCCAAGGAAGUGUCCAGACCGGGAUCUGUGGUGGAAAGCGUCAAGGACGAAGCCGAAAAGCCCGAAAGCCGCAGGGAGUCCACAAAGCCAGAGAGCGACAAGGACGAAAAGUCCGUUACCGCCUCCAAGGAGCCUUCCCGGCCAGAAUCAGUGGUCGAAAGCACCAAGGACGAAGCUGAGAAGUCGAAGGAGCCAUCCCGUCCGGAGUCUGUGGCCGAGAGCGUCAAGGCAGAAAGCACCAAGGCCGAGGAGAAGUCCCCGCUGGCUUCGAAGGAAGCGUCCCGACCUGCCUCUGCCGUGGGCAGCGUCAAGGAUGACGCUGAGAAGCCUGCAGACAGCCGGCGGGAGUCCGUGGCCGAAAGUGCCAAGCUGGAGAAGUCCGCCGAGGCCUCCAAAGAGCCAUCCAGGCCAGCAUCCGUUGCGGAGAGCAUCCAGGACGAGGCCGAGAAGUCGAAGGAGCCGUCUCGACGGGAGUCUGUGGCCGAAAGCAUCAAGGCGGAGACCACAAAGGAGGACGAGAAGUCCGCAGAGGCCUCCAAGGAAGCUUCCCGACCAGCGUCCGUGGCGGAAAGUGUGAAGGAAGAGGCCGAGAAGUCCAAAGACCCAUCCCGUAGAGAAUCCGUUGCAGAAAGCAUCAAAGCAGAGAGUACAAAGGACGAGAAGUCUCCACUGGCGUCCAAGGACGUGUCCCGUCCCGCAUCGGUGGCCGAGAGUGUCAAGGAUGGAGCCACUCCACCCAAGGAUGCUCCGUCUCGCCCAGAAUCUGUCGCCGCAAGUCCGGCGGCCAAGUCUCCGCUCCCAUCUCGACCAGAAUCCGUAGUGGAAAGUGUCAAGGAUGAGCCCAUCCAGUCCAAGGAGCCAUCCCGACGAGAGUCCACUGUCGAGAGCAUUAAGGCGGAAAGUGUGAAGGACGAGAAGACUUCGCCAGUGGCCAAGGAUGUUUCACGUCCCGAAUCUGAUACUGAAAGACAGAAGAUCGAAGGCACCCUGAAAUCGAAGGAGUCCUCUCGUCCAGAUUCAGUGGCUGAGAGCGCCAAGGACGAGCAAUCCCCAAUUCCCUCCAGGGACGUUUCCCGGCCAGAAUCAGUGGCGGAAAGCGAACAAGAGGAAGAUUCCUUCAAGGUUAGGCCUCCCGUGGAGGAAAAGCUUAUCUCCACGGUGGUUACCAAACUGGAAUCAGCUCCGGAGGCGAAGCCAGAGUCGCAUGCUGCCAGUGUGAAGGAUGAGAAGUCGCCGAUCGCCUCCCAGGAAGCCUCCCGCCCUGCCUCCGUCGUCGAGAGCGUCAAGGACGAAACUGAGAAACCCGAAAGUCGCCGUGAAUCCUUGGCGGAGAGUCUUAAACCAGAGAGCACAGCCGAAAAGUCUCCAGAAACUGCCUCCAAGGAAACCUCGCGUCCGGAGUCAAAGGCGGAAGUCGCCAAGGACGAAACUGAAAAGUCGAAGGAACCAUCCCGGAGGGAAUCGGUCGCCGAGAGUGUGAAGGCUUCUGAGGCCUCUGAAGGUGACAAGUCCAAGGAUACGUCUCGCCCGGAGUCUGCUGCGGCCAGUGUUAAGGACGACAAAUCGCCACUAGCUUCCAAGGAUGUUUCCCGCCCUGAGUCGGUGGCAGACAAGGACGUGGAACCCUCGCGACGAGAAUCCGCCGCCGAAAGUCUCAAGCCAGAUAGCCUCAAGGACGAAAAGUCCUCAUUACCCGCUUCCAAGGAGCCAUCUCGCCCAGGAUCGGUGGCAGAAAUUGUCAAGGAGGAAGCGGAGAAGUCAAAGGAGUCGUCCCGUCGAGAGUCCGUGGCGGAGAGCCUUAAAGUGGAAAGCAGCAAGGAUGAAAAGUCGGAUCCUGCUUCCGCAGAAGCCUCCCGGCCAGGAUCGGUCGCCGAAAGCAUCAAGGACGAGCCAACCAAGCCCGAGAGCCGAAAGGAAUCCAUUGCCGAAGGCACUAAGCCAGACGCCGUCAAGGAGGAGAAGUCGCAACUGGCCUCCAAGGAAGCCUCCAGGCCGGAGUCCGUGGCCGGAAUCACCAAGGAUGAACUGGUAAAAUCAGAGGAGCCCGACAAGGCCAGUGCUCCUAUUUCGCAGCAGCCGUCGCCCCGGCCAGCAUCUGUGGCCAGCGACCAUGAAGUGCCCCUGGUGGCCGCAUUGUCUUCCAAGGAAACCUCCCGACCGGAAUCCGCACUGGAGACCGCCUCGUCGCCCAUUGAGGAAGCCGCCAAGGACUUCCCAGAGCCAGAGAUCGUAAAGAAGACUAGCCUGGCACUGGAUCUGCAGGCUGUGCCCGGAAAGCUGCCCACGGAGUCUAGUCCCGUCGACGUUGCCGAGGGAGACUUCUCCAAGAUCGAUGUCGCUCCAGUUUCGGCUGCUCCAAGUGCUCCUCCGCAGCCUGCAGAACAAUCCAAGGCCGCCGCCGCAGAAACUGUAUCUUCACCCGUGGACGAGGCUCCCAAGUCUCCGUCCGCCCCUGAGCUGAGUCCUCGAGCGGAAUCCCCCGCAGAAAGUGGUCAGGAAGAGGCCGUUCAGGAUGAGAAGUCGCCGCUUCUCUCGAAGGAAGCUUCAAAGCCGGCGUCUGCAGUGGAGAGUCCCAAAGACGGAAGCCCAAAGGCGGAAAAGUCUCCGGUGGCCUCGAAGGAACCUUAUCGACCGGAAUCGGUGGCCAAAACCGUCUCCUCGCCGAUCGAGGAAGCCCCCAAAGACUUCGCACCAUUUGAAGAGCUGUCCCUGAAACUCGAUCAAAAGGGCGAUCUCCCAACUCUCUCCAGCCCGGUGGACGUCGCCGAGGGAGACUUCCCGCAGCCGGCCACGCCCACAAGCUCGCCCACAACCUCCGUGCCAGCCCAACCGGCUGAGCUCUCCAAGAUCGCCACUGAAAAAACUGCCUCCAGCCCUGUCGAUGAAGCCCCCAAAUCGCCAAUCGGCUCUCACGACUCUGAGCGACCCGAAUCCCCGGCAGAAAGCGCCCAGGACGAGGCUGAGAAAGCCGACUCCAUCAAGGACGGCAAGUCCAAGGAGCCAUCCCGUCGCGAGUCCGUGGUUGAGAGCCCCAAAGACGAGAAGUCGCCCCUCACCUCCAGGCCGGAGUCUGUGGCGGCGAGCACCAAGGAUGACGCCGAAAAGUCAAAGGAUCCUUCUCGCCGCGAGUCCGUGGCCGAAAGUGUGAAGCUGGAGAGUGUCAAGGACGAGAAGUCCCCGCAGGCAUCCAAGAAAGCCUCCCGACCGGAAUCAGUGGUAGAAAGCCUCAAGGAUGACGCGGAAAAAUCCAAGGAGCCUUCGCGACCAGUAUCAGUUGCUGGAUCUGUAGCGGGAAGUGUCAAGGACGAGACCGACAUUGAAAAACCAGAUAGUCGUCGCGAAUCGGUUGUUCAUAGUCAAAAGGAUGCGGCCAGCCCGCUCCCAUCUCGACCAGAAUCGGCAGCCGACGCCACUGAGAUAUCCAAGGAGCCAUCUCGCCGAGAAUCCGUAGCGGAAAGUAUUCAGGACGAUGCAGAUAAACCGGAAAGCCGCAGAGAAUCAGUAGCUGAAAGUACAAAAGCGGAAGCCAGCAAGUCUCCUCUGAACUCCAAGGAUGCUUCCCGGCCAGAAAGCGUGGCUGAAGCUGCCAAGUCUUCGCCGGCCUCCAAGGAAGCCUCGCGUCCAGAGUCGGUGGCAGAAAGUGCCAAGGACGGAGCUGAUCCCCUUGAGAGUCGAAAGGAAUCAAUCGCCGAGAGCCUCAAGCCAGAGGAGAAGUCUCCACUUGCUUCUCGUCCUGAAUCCGUAGCGGAAAGUGCAAAAGACGACGCCGAUAAAUCCAAGGAACCAUCUCGCCGCGAAUCCUUGGCGGAGAGCCUCAAGCCUGAGAGUGUGAAGGACGAGAAGUCGGCAGUAGCUUCCAAGGAGCCUUCCCGCCCAGAAUCGGUAGCAGAAAGUGUGAAAGACGAAGCAGAAAAGUCCAAGGAGCCUUCCCGACGUGAAUCCGUGGCGGAGAGCAUCAAGCCAGACAGUGUCAAGGAUGAGAAGUCCCCUCUGGCUUCCAAGGAACCUUCGCGCCCUGGAUCCGUAGUGGAAAGUGUCAAGGAAGAAGCGGAGAAAUCUAAAGACCCAUCUCGACGAGAAUCUGUGGCGGAGAGCAUCAAGCCGGAGAGUGUCAAGGAUGAGAAGUCCCCUCUGGCUUCCAAGGAACCUUCCCGGCCAGGAUCCGUAGUGGAAAGUGCCAAGGACGACGCAGAAAAGUCCAAGGAACCGUCGCGACGAGAAUCCGUAGCAGAGAGCGUUAAGCCGGAAAGUUUGAAGGACGAGAAGUCAGCAGUGGCUUCCAAGGAGCCUUCCCGCCCAGAAUCUGUAGCUGCGAGCGUCAAGGACGAAGCAGAAGCGUCCAAGGAGCCUUCCCGUCGCGAAUCUGUGGCGGAGAGCAUCAAACCUGAGAGUGUGAAGGAUGAGAAGUCCCCUCUGGCUUCCAAGGAACCUUCCCGGCCAGGAUCCGUAGUUGAAAGUGUCAAGGACGAAGCGGAGAAGUCCAAAGAGCCAUCUCGACGAGAAUCUGUGACGGAGAGCCCCAAGCCGGAGAGUGUGAAGGAUGCGAAAUCCCCUCUGGCCUCCAAGGAGCCUUCCCGGCCAGGAUCGGUGGUGGAAAGUGUCAAGGACGACGACGAAAAGUCCAAGGAACCGUCGAGACGUGAAUCCGUUGCGGAAAGCAUCAAGCCAGAAAGCGUAAAGGACGAAAAAUCCCCGUUGGCGUCCAAGGAGCCUUCCCGCCCCGGAUCCGUAGUGGAAAGCGUCAAGGACGAAGGUAAGCAGCCGGAGAGCCGUAAGGAAUCCAUCGCCGAGAGUACCAAGCCAGACGAGAAAUCGCCACCAGCUUCCAAGGAAGCGUCUCGACCGGAGUCGGUGGCUGAGAAGUCCAAGGACCCAUCCCGACGCGAAUCAGUCGCCGAAAUCAUCAAGGACGCUGCCAAGGAUGAGGAAAAGUCGCCCCUGGCUUCCAAGGAAGUGUCCAGACCGGGAUCUGUGGUGGAAAGCGUCAAGGACGAAGCCGAAAAGCCCGAAAGCCGCAGGGAGUCCACAAAGCCAGAGAGCGACAAGGACGAAAAGUCCGUUACCGCCUCCAAGGAGCCUUCCCGGCCAGAAUCAGUGGUCGAAAGCACCAAGGACGAAGCUGAGAAGUCGAAGGAGCCAUCCCGUCCGGAGUCUGUGGACGAGAGCGUCAAGGCAGAAAGCACCAAGGCCGAGGAGAAGUCCCCGCUGGCUUCGAAGGAAGCGUCCCGACCUGCCUCUGCCGUGGGCAGCGUCAAGGAUGACGCUGAGAAGCCUGCAGACAGCCGGCGGGAGUCCGUGGCCGAAAGUGCCAAGCUGGAGAAGUCCGCCGAGGCCUCCAAAGAGCCAUCCAGGCCAGCAUCCGUUGCGGAGAGCAUCCAGGACGAGGCCGAGAAGUCGAAGGAGCCGUCUCGACGGGAGUCUGUGGCCGAAAGCAUCAAGGCGGAGACCACAAAGGAGGACGAGAAGUCCGCAGAGGCCUCCAAGGAAGCUUCCCGACCAGCGUCCGUGGCGGAAAGUGUGAAGGAAGAGGCCGAGAAGUCCAAAGACCCAUCCCGUAGAGAAUCCGUUGCAGAAAGCAUCAAAGCAGAGAGUACAAAGGACGAGAAGUCUCCACUGGCGUCCAAGGACGUGUCCCGUCCCGCAUCGGUGGCCGAGAGUGUCAAGGAUGGAGCCACUCCACCCAAGGAUGCUCCGUCUCGCCCAGAAUCUGUCGCCGCAAGUCCGGCGGCCAAGUCUCCGCUCCCAUCUCGACCAGAAUCCGUAGUGGAAAGUGUCAAGGAUGAGCCCAUCCAAUCCAAGGAGCCAUCCCGACGAGGGUCCACUGUCGAGAGCAUUAAGGCGGAAAGUGUGAAGGACGAGAAGUCUCCGCCUGCCUCCAAGGAUUCUUCCCGGCCAGGAUCAGUUUUGGAGAGUGUCAAGGACGAAGCUGAGGCGUCCAAGGAACAUUCCCGCCGUGAAUCUGUAGCUGAGAGCGCGAAGACCGAAAGCGCAAAGGACGCAAAGGAGUCCCCUGUCUCGAAGGAGCCUUCUCGGCCAGGAUCAGUGGUGGGCAGCGCUCAGGAGCACAAGUCCCCUGUUGUCUCUCGUCCAGAAUCAGUAGCAGAAAGCUUUAAAGACGCGAUCGUACCUGAUAUCACCUCUAAGGAGGCAUCCCGCCCAGCAUCCGCGGCCGACAAAUCCCGCCCAGGAUCGGCUGUGGAGGAGAAAUCGCCGGCACUCUCGCCGCGCCCCGAAUCCAGCGCAGCUGCCUCUAAGGAAGCAUCUCGUCCAGGAACUGAGACAGCCUCCUCGCCCAUCGAGGAGGGCCCGCAAUCGAUAGUCGAUCUAAGCCUGGAUCUGGUUAAGCCGGAGAUAGCAGGAAAACUGCCCACAUUGUCGAGUCCCGUGGACGUGGCAGAAGGAGACUUCUCCAAAAUCCUGUCAGUGGAGUCCGCCUCGAAACCUGGUUCUCCCCCGAAGCCUGCAGAGUUCUCCCAGGUGGAUGCCGCGCACACAGCUUCCAGUCCCGUGGACGAGGCAGCUCCCGCAAUCGACGAUCAUAUCACUACUGAAGGUCACUCCUCAGAGGCCACGGCCGAUCUCCUCGGACUGGAGGAGGCCGUCAUCCAGGAGACUAUUACCCAGCUGAACGAGGCCACGUCGCUCUUCGAAAGCAUUACCUCGCAGGUGGUGAAGAAGAUGGACGAGAAGAUAGAGGAGACAGUGGAGAGCUCGACAAAGCUGAAGGAGAGCUCGCUGGAGACAGUGCAAAGCUCCAUGCAGGAGGCGCAAAGCUCUCUGGGAGAGAUCCAGGAGAAGGUAAAGCAGGAGUGUUCCGAACUCAAGACUCUGCUGGACACCAAAACGACCCUCGUAACCUCUUUGGUUCAGGAUGUGACCAAGACGAUUGAGGAAAAGACCGAGGAAAUCAAGAAGGAGCAGAUGAGCCAGGUCACAGAAUCAUCUUCCAGCACAGAGGGCAGCGGCCUGGAUCUGGGCACCUUCUCGGAGCUGCGGGAAACCCACAUCACCACCGUGGGCUCCCCAGAGUUCACGGUCACGAUCUGCGAAAGGGACGAGCCCGUGCUCCACGACAUCAAGGAGGAGGACGAGGAGCAUCGCUUCUCCCCGCCUGGUGAAGUGGGGGCGAAGACGUCGUCCAUUGCAGCAGCGCAGCCCAUUCGCCCGCUGUCGCCCCGAGAAGAGGAGGUGGCCAAGAUCGUGGCCGACGUGGCCAAGGUCCUAAAGUCGGACAAGGACAUCGUCGACAUAAUUCCCGGAUUCGAUGAGCGGCAGUUGGAGGAGAAGCUGAAGUCAAGCACCGACACCGAGGCUGAGGACUCGCUUCAGUCCCUAGAGAUCAGUGUCAUGAAGGUGGAGAUCGAGUCUGAGAAGUCCUCGCCAGACCAGAAGUCGGGUCCCAUUUCCAUUGAGGAGAAGGACAAGAUCGAGCAGUCGGAGAAGGCGCAGCUGCGUCAGGGAGCGGGCGAGCUACCCUCCCGUCCAGAGUCAGCGUCCAGCCACAAGGAGGAGCUUUCCGUGACAUCCUCACCACAGCCCGGCAAGGAGCUGUCCCGCCCGGAGUCCGUUACCAGCCAGAUCAGCGAUAAGGAAACCAAGACAUCCCGACCCGUCUCCAGCCUAAGCCAGGACGGCGAGGACGAGUCCCUGCUUCAGUCAUCCACCACCACAGAGACAGUUGAGAGCAAGAAGCUGGAGGAGAAGAGCAGCGUCACCACGAAGUCUACCAUCCAGACGAUCCAACAGCGAGAGGAGUCCAUCAGCGAUUCCCUGAGCAGCAGCCUCAAGGUGGAGGACAGCUCCCGCCGUGAGUCACUCUCUAGCCUGCUCGCUGAGAAGGGCCUAAUCAGCACCACCAGCACAGUCAGCACCAGCCUAAAGGAGGACACCACAGCCUCCCAGCUGGAGGAGCUGCUGGUGCAGUCCGAGGAGUGCUCCUCGGAGUCCAUUGUCAGUGAGAUCCAAACUAGCACUCUGGCCCAAAAGACAAAGGAGGCCAAGGAAACGAAGGAAUCAAAGGAGACAAUUAGCAGCAUCACCUCCAGUUCCAAGGAGGAGAACCUGAAGGAGACAGUCGCCGAGUUCCUGGCCACCGAGAAGAUCGUCUCCGCCAAGGAGACAUUCAGCGCCGAAGCGGCCAAAUCGGCGGAGGAGUCCUUGAAGAAGGCCAGCACUGUCACCAGCACCACCGCCUCCCAGCGCACUCUCUUCGUCGGCACCGAUGAGUCCCGGCGCGAGUCCCUGCUUAGUCACACCAGCGAGGGUCGCCAGACGCACAGCGAUCCCGAGGAGGAGGAGGACGAUGAGGAAGAGCGCCUCAGCGUGAAGGAGGGCCGCUCCAAGUCGAUCGCCACCAUCAUGAUGACUAGCAUCUACAAGCCCUCUGAGGAGGUCGAGAUUGAAGCCACCGUGGCCGAGGAGGAGCACGAGCAGGAGUCGGGUCAGGAGCCGGAGACCACCACAACCACCAGCAAGACCACCCUGCUGCAAUCCAGCGAGCAAGCGAGCAGUAGCACCUCCACCACCACUACCACCACCACCAGCAGCAGCUCCAAGACCUCCUCCUCGACAUCGAAGGUCGAGUCCAUCACCCUCACCCAGCAGUCUGGCCAGGAUCAGCCCGCUGAUCGCAAGACGCCGCCCACAGCGCCCGUCAGUCCCGGCAUUAAGCCCCUGAUCUCGGCAGGAUCCACUGGCGGAGCUGCCGGAGCUGGAACAGGUGCCGGAGCAGUUGGUGGAAAGUGCGAGUCUGGCGCCGCCAGCAUUGCCUCCACUUCAGGCCCACUCUCGCCCAAGGACAUCAGCGGCAAGUCAAGCCCGGGCGCCCUCACCUCGGAGAGCCAGUCCAUACCUACGCCUCUGGGUCGGGAAUCCCACACGGAGACUCCAGAGUCCUCGCCCAAGCCCACGUCGCCAUUCCCGCGGGUCACCAAGGACGAACUGAAGUCAUUGGAAGCCCAGCACCAGGUUCAGGAGCAGGAGCAGAUCCUGGCUGGAGGCACAGCCAUCGCCAGCGGAGGAAUAGGCGCUGUUGGAGAACCCGAUCUUCCCGAGCUGCAUGAGCUGCGGGGCAUCGAGUGCACCACUGCCUUGAGCGGCAGCACGGAGAAAGUCAUAACCACUACCAUCACUACGGUGACGAAGGUUAUCUCCGCCGACGGCAAGGAGAUCGUCACCGAGCAGAAGACAGUCACCACCACGGACAGCUCGGAGCCAGACAGCGAGAAGGUGGUAGUGACCACCACCAGGACGACUAGCGAGAGCGAGCGUGACCAGCUUCUGCCGAAAGAGGUGGCCCUGCUGCGGGGCAUGUACCGAUCCAGCACACCCGGCAGCGAGGAAGACGACGACGUCCUGCCCGGAUCACCGCGUAGCGCCACCAGCUACGAGCUUCAGCACUCUAGCUCCGGGGUGAGCAAGCGCUCCGACCUGGAUGCAGAUGGCGACGGGGAUGAGAGCCAGGACGACAUUCCGCCACAGUACGGCAGCGAGGAGCACUCUACGGCACGCUCGAUCCUUCUGCCCCGCAACGAGGACCCUAUGGCGGCCUCCUUCUACGGCGCACUGCCCGACACCUUCGCCCCGGCACCGGCACCAAAGUCCAGCACCGAGCCUAUUCCCAUCCAGGGCGCUGUUGAUUCAUCUAGCCAGGAGUCCUCCAGCAGCCAGCAGACCUGGGCGGGACACAAGUUCCUCGACCAGGCCGACAAGGACUUCCAGCGAGCGCUCGAAGAGCAUGUGCAAGCGCGCGGCGCCGAGGUCAUGUCUUCCGUUACCGCCAAGUACUCUUAUUCGCCCUCGAAGGCCGAGGAGGUGGAGCAGAUCGUGACGAGCACGGCGGAGCGGCAGCGCUUCCCGCUGAGCGAUGUCCAGCGGAUGCGAGUGGCAGAGAGCGGGUUCGCCACCGUUGGCGGCCAGCACCAGGAGAAGCCCGAGGAGGCAGCCACCGCUACAACUUCAGCCGCAACUGUUACAGAAACCACUCCUGCAACAACCACAUCCAGUUCGACCGGCGCCACGCCCAAGGACCGUCUCGAAGAGUGGGGCAAGCCCCUGGGUCUGCCCUCACCCGCUCCCCUGCCCGUCGAAGGAGGUGCCGACAUCCGGACCACGCCCAAGAAGGAACGGCGCCUGGUGGCCACCAAGACGAGGCUGAACAACGAGAAGAAUCUACGCAAGCGCAGCGAGUCGCCCAACAAGGUGGGCAAGAAGCCAGCCCCCGUCUACGUGGAUCUGACGUACGUGCCCCACAACGGCAACUCCUACUACGCCCACGUCGACUUCUUCAAGCGGGUGCGGGCCAGGUACUACGUCUUCUCCGGCACGGAGCCCAGUCGCCAGGUGUACGAUGCACUGCUCGAGGCAAAGCAGACAUGGGAGGACAAGGAGUUGGAGGUCACCAUUAUACCCACGUACGACACUGACGUACUGGGCUAUUGGGUGGCCGAAAACGAGGAGCUGCUAGCCAAGCACCGCAUCGACCUCUCGCCCUCCGCCUCGCGCUGCACCAUCAACCUGCAGGAUCACGAGACAUCAUGCUCCGCCUAUCGCCUGGAGUUCUAGGCCACGGGCCUGUUUAUUGCAUUCGACGACGAUGACUAGUGACGAACCCACAACGCACAAACCCAACCAACCAACCAACCAGGAACCGUGGAGCAGGAGCCGUGCCGAAGGAUCGAGUCCUUGCUGGACUUUUAAAGUGCCGGGACUCUGAUUCUUCGGCUGCGACUGGCAGGAUAAACACCAGACUAGUACCAGGAGUAGGACCACAACCAACACCAGGAUAACGGACGACGGACAAGGACGACAGGACGACAAGAACAACAACAGACAGCAAGGCAACUGGAAAGGAUGUAAAAUGGGCGCACACGAAACGGAAGUAUGCGACGCGGAGCUGAUACGGCGGAGGAUGCCACUUUGUUUGCGAAUGCAGUGCCGUCUAUUGAGCUUUUGCGCCUCAACCAGAGCUACGUAAUUAAUUGAUAUAUGUUUUGAAGAAAUUAAUUACCAAAAACCAAAGGGAAAACUAUAUACCAAAAAGAAACAGUGCAACCGAACCAUCAAGAAAUCGAAAGACACGGCGUAUAGUAUCCGUUGCUUUCAUCGAGAAUGUCAAGCUACCUUGUCUAGAAACCCAAAGAUCAAAAUAGUUAUCGAUAAAUCGCGCCUAGCUAAAAUAUACACGCAAAAGGGGGAACCCCACGCAAUCUAAACCGAAAGCUAAAACAAUGCUAAGAAAUGGGAAAUGAAACCAAAACCUCUUUGUAUGUAUACACAAGUAUAUACAUUGCAUACAUAUAUGUAAUGAUGAAUAAUAUUCGUGUUAAUUGUAUUAGUCGAAACUUUACGAAACUCCAUCGAUUGUUUCGAUAUUUUAAAGCGUAGCCCCGCGAGUCAGAGCGCUAAGUAGCCGUAGGAUAAGCGAUAUUAGAAAGAUCUUAGAGACACAUAGGGCAGGGCCUAAACAGAACAGAGCCGAACGGAUAGGAUCGGAUUGGAUUGGGAUUGGUCUGGAUGGAGGGUGGAGAAAGAGGACCUCCUUGAUCCACUCCCCGAUCCAGACAAACAAAAUCAAACCGUUUCGAAUUAAAAUCUACAAGAAACGACUUUCCAUUUACCAUUUAAAGUUUACAUUUUACGAUUACACAGCGCCCCUCAAGAUCCAAGAACCUCGAUAAUGUGCCUCCUCUUUAGGGGAUAUACUCGUACUCGUACACCAAAAUAUGUCUGCACCCUGAGCCCCCAGAACAGUUCUGUAGUCCAUCGUUAACCCUUUGUUUCGUUACAUUACUUUAUAUGUUUGAUUCCGUUUUGUUGCAGGCAAAAAGACUAAGAAUAUUCAGCAGCUAUAGCAAUCGAUAAGCGAUUAACGAUAAACGAUAUACGAUAUACGUACACCUCAAAUAGGGAAGGGAAUUUUGGAUUGAAUGGAAUAGAGUUUAAGUGGGAGGAGCAGGUGGACGUGGGAAGUUUGUUGCUGGCGGGUGAUAGACUAGGACCUCGACGGACAAGGACCCUGGAACAAGGACUGAGAGUCAAUGCUGAUGUUACAAUAUAAGGAUAAUGAGGAUACUGGGAGUCAGAGGACUAGAACUGGGCUUGUGAUCAGGUUAGGUGGGUUGUUCGGGAGGGUGGACAGUGGGUUUGGGAUCAGGACACGCAGAAUGCAAGACAGUCGGGAAGGACGAGAAAGACAGAGAGAUAGAGAGAGAGAGAGAGAGAGAGAGUCAGAUAAACUAAUACGAUUAAAUAUUGAAGAACACAAAGUGAAGGUUAUUUUUCUAUAUUUUUUUUACUUUUUCAUAGUCAUAGAAUAACAAAUUUUCAAACAAACAGCAGAUAGCAGAAACAACUGAUAAAUAUGCGAUUAAAUAAGAGGAAAUAGAAGGAUGAAAAGGACGACGAGCAGGAGGAGCAGGCACACAGGCAAUUUUAAAGUGUUAAUCACAAAACGGAACAGCAAAAAUAUUAACAAAAACAGUCCAAAGAGCCAGUUACAAUUAAAAACAAGAAUCAAGUCAGACUUUUUUAGGCUACGCGUAUAUUUUUGUGUUGCUUUUUAUACAGGACAGCAACAGGUCCUGCGGCGGCAUCCGAGGCGGCGGCAGGACAUCCGGCAGUCAACUGGCAACCGUCCAGUCUACAAACCGUUUGGCUAAAACGACAGAAAUUAAGCAGAUUUAAUAGGACUAAGAGGGGAGCGGGCAGGGCGGGCCUAGGCAGAUAUAGACUUGAAAUACCGUUACGCGUUACCCCGAUCCGUGAUCCCCGUCCGACCAGCACCGGAAGCGGAUAUAUACACGCAGACAUAUACGUAUAUACGAUUCCAGUCGAUGUUUUGAUUAUUGAGUAGCUUGCAGUCUCCGCUUUGAGAAUUUUAAAUUCAUAAUCAAGAAACAAAAAGCAAAAGCAAAAACUUUAAGAGUAAAAACGAAACAGAAUAUAUACAAUUUAUUGAAUAUUAUAAUUAAUUUUCGAAAAUUCGUGCGCCAAUCGAAAACUAAACAAAGAAGCCGAAGAAAAACAAAACAAGAAAGUAAAAAUGAACGAUUAAAAAUGAAAAAUGAAAAAUGAAUGAAAACAAUUAAAAUUAAAGAUAAUGAAUACUCACACGUGAACAAUAUACACACUAUAUAUAUACUCUAUAUAUAUAUACACAUAUAUAUGUACUUGAGCGUAUUGAUGUUGCUUAAAGAAAAAAACAAACAAAAAAAUGAACUCUUCUAAUAGCCAGAAGAAAUUUUUUGCCUUUCAUGAAACGAAUUUUCCCCUAAGAUACGAAAAUAUUGAACAUUGUUAACCUUUGCCCCCUCGUCUUUGUUUGCGCCUUGAUUUUGGGAUCCAGGACUCCGUACUCCGACUCCGGAUGCGGGUCCGGAUCAGAUCAUAAUAUGGCAUCUACCCCCACCCCAAACACCAAACACCAAACACCAAACACCACACACCACACACCCCUCACCACACACACGUAUCCAUUGCCUUAUAUCCAGUGAACCACAGAUAUCUGCAUCACAUACCUUAUAUCUAGAGUAAGAAUCAAUGUAUCGACAAAUAUGUACGACCUAUGAGAGUUUGUUUGUUGAAUUUGCUUUUACGUUUUUAGCAGCUUCGAUUUAAAUCAAAUAUACAUACUACGCGCGCGGGCCCAACUUUGGACGCCCAGUGCUCUAUAUAAUCAUUAGAAGAGGCAGGAUUGUUGAAAACAAAGCGCGAGAGAGUGGUCAGGAGGGCCGAGUCCGAGUCCGGCAGAGACAGGACGAGGCCAGCAGGAUAGCGGAGAGGGACAGCCAGCACAAAGAACACCCGACAUGGCAGUCAACGGGAAGAGUUAAGAAACUAACAAAAAGACAAAGAGCAAGAAUCGAGAAACGAAAAUAUAUAUGUAUUACAUUUUAUGAAACGUCAAGCUUAUCUCAACAACUAUUUCCAAUGCAAAACCCAAAUCUGAAGAAUAUAAUAAACGUAUUUAUGUGAC